UAGCCACAGCCCAGCAACUUCCAUUUCAUAAUCCAUUCUCAUUUCACAACAACAUGGAGUCCUACCCUCCCGUUUUCCGCUGCCAACAGACCACAACCUUACACCCAGAUGACACUUCCCAUGACCCAAUUCAUUAUCCGGAUCUAGUACCAGUCAUAGAUCUUCAAAGCUUAAACCAUGAAGAUGAUGCCAAUAACAUCAUCAAUAAGAAGAUUCUAGAGGAGGCUUGUGAAGAUUGGGGUCUUUUCCGUUUGGUCAACCAUGGGGUUCCACCAACACUUUUGAAGCAGCUUCAGGAGCUGGCUAGAGAGCUGUUCACAUUGCCUUUUGAGUCCAAAAAGGCGGCGUACAGCGGCGCCGCCCCUGUCACAUACUUUUGGGGCACUGCUCUAGUAACACAAUCUGGGACAGCUGUAACAAGAGACCCUCAAAAUAUCAAUUGGGUUGAAGGUUUCAGUGUGCCGUUGAAUCACCUCUCUAGUUUCCAUCCUCAGCUUCCAACGCUUGAGUCCAUCAAACUAUUGCUGAUGGAUUAUGAAACCCACCUCUCAAGAAUUGCUACAACUUUAUUCGAGGCUAUGGCAAAGAACCUUGACCUGAAUCUUGAAACCUCAAAGUCAUAUUUAUCAGUAGACACCGGAAUGGUUCGUGUGUAUCGGUACCCACAUGGCUCUGUUGGUUGGGGAAUGGAAGUGCAUACGGAUAGCUCAAUCUUGUCGAUUCUCAACCAAGACGACCAAGUCAGUGGACUUGAGGUGCUCAAAGAUGAUCGCUGGCUAAUUGUCAAACCCAUUUCCAACACAUUGAUUGUCAACCUUGGAGACAUGAUGCAGGCAAUUAGUAAUGACAGAUACAAGAGUGUGUCACACAGAGUGAAGGUAAGCAAAAAUAAUGAUCGAAUCUCAAUAUGCUACUUUGUGUUCCCUGGUGAAGAUGUUGUGAUUGAGAGUUCAAAGUACAAGCCCUUCACUUACAAUGAGUUCAGUGCACAAGUGCAGCAAGACAAGAAGGCCCUUGGCUAUAAAGUUGGGCUUGCAAGGUUUAGUCAGAAACAGGAUUGUUAAGCUUUAUUAGCUCCGAUUCAAAAAAUUGAUCUCAGUCUUAUUUCUAAUUUUAUUAUAUUACGUGUACUAUGAAACAAUACAUAUAAAUUGGGAUUUUUUUGCUCUAUUUCUUAUUCACA